GCUGGGCAGAAGUGAAGUGGAUGAGGAGUCGAGGCGAGGAAAAAAGAAGGCGGCAAUGCCUGAUAAAUGCUGGGCUACGGCGCUGCAUAUCUCCGGGCUGUGGCCCAUCUCCGGUCUUGACGUCUGAGCUUUGCAUCUUGUGGUUUUAUUUUUAUUUUCAUUCUGUUCUCGCUACAUGCUAUUUGAGAACAUCUCGUACGAUACACUCGACUUCUCAUACGACAUUCUCCAAGUUUCGCAUGACAUACAGACGCCUCAUACAAACAUAGCCGCCAAACCUAGGGCAUCCCAUCAUGGCGUCGCAAACCUCCGCCUAUUUCCCUCUGGCGACGGACAAUUCCUGGCAGGGCCAAUCCGGCAGCAUCACUCCUCAGGAUGGAACGGAUGCAGGCGCUGCGGGCGACAGCUCUGCCAAUUCCAUAACCCUCUCGACCGGAGCCCUGGUCGCCAUCAUCGUCGUGGUUGUAGUCGUCAUUCUGAUCGGCGUAACAACCGCUUCCCUCUUCUUCAUUGCCAAGAAACGUGAAUGGACCAUCAAAGAGACUAUUCGAAGAUCAACGAAAAAAGUGGCCACUGCUCUUACUCCAAGGCGAUCCGAGUUUCCUCGCUCUGUCAAAGGCUCUACACGCUCCAACCGCAAGGGACGAACGAAGCUCAACGACGACAUCCCGCCAACCCCGAGACUCCGACCUGAGGACCUGGAGAAGGGCCUGGCUCGAAGCGAGAGCAAAGCUGUUGGACGUAAUUCUGGUGGGAAAUAAAUGCGAGGAUAUGAGUGGUGUAUAUGUAUGUGUGUGUGUGUGUGUUUGGUUGUGGCUGUGCGCGUGUAGGGAGGAUAUGCAGUUCAAGCGCAAAGGUUUUGGACGGGAACGGUCAAUGGCGAGUGCCUUUUUUCUUUUUUUCUUUUUUGAUUGAUGAAAUUAUGAUUUCGCUCGCGGGCGUUCCGGUGUAUAUACAUAUAUAUCCUUUUGCUCUUUUUCCUUCUUUGCGUUCUCCUUGAUAUUUCAAAAUUUAUGGGUAUCACAUCUUUCUGAAUGUGUUCGAGCUGGCGCUUCGCCUAUCCUUGAAAUUUCGCCUCUGUGGAGCUGGAGGCUCUUCCUCUUCCUGCUGCUGCUGCUGCUUCUUCUUCCUCUCUGGCACAAAUGUCACCUGUCGCUCUCCACGAACUUCGCCACGAUCCGCCUUGUUGACGCGCGUAGAUUUCUGAUGUCUUGAGCCCAAUGCAGAGUCCUUCAGUGGUCGGCCCUCAUUCUGCGUCGAU